AUGGGCACACACGUUGGCAAGUCUGGCCUCAAGCAACUCAGCACCGAUGCGCGGCGAUCUUUCGACUAUGUCAUCGUUGGUGGUGGCACCUCAGGGUUGACGCUGGCCAACAGGUUGACUGAAGAUCCUCUCGUAACGGUGGCCGUGAUCGAGGCUGGCAAUUUUGUCGAAAAUAUUGUCGGUAAUCUCAGCCAGGUGCCUGCGUAUGCCAAUGCUAUCCAAAGCGUGGCAGAGAAUAACCCGGCGUUGGGUUGGGGAUUCCGAACCACGCCCCAGCCUGGUUUGAAUGGUGCCGUAGUUGAUUAUGUGCGCGCCAAAACGCUGGGUGGUUGUAGCUCCAUCAAUCACUUAUCAUACUCACGUUCGUCUAAAGGUGCCUUCCAGCUUUUGGCUGAUUCAGUGGGAGACCAGUCCUGGACCUGGGAUCAAGUGUUGCCUUACUACCGUAAGAGUAUGGACUUUACACCGCCAGAUGCUGCCACACGGCUCGCCAAUGCCACGCCGACUUAUAAUGCCGCCGCGACCACCCAAGGUGGGCCAUUGGACAUAACAUAUCCCGCCUAUGCUCAAAGUUGGAGCACCUGGGUUGCCAAGGGGCUUGCCGCUAUUGGUAUCUCUCCUAUCGGCGCCCUCAUUGAAGGAAACUUGCUUGGAUCGACGUGGGCGCUCAAUACAGCUGACCACGGUACCGGCCAUCGCGCGUCAUCCGACACUGCUUAUCUGCGCCCAGUCUUGGGUCGUUCAAAUCUGGUUGUUUUCACAGACUCACUUGCUGAGCGCAUCAUCUUUAACAGCAACAAAGAGGCUACAUCUGUCACCGUGACUACUAAUGGAGCUUCGCUCACGCUUAGUGCAAAGAAGGAGAUUAUUCUUUCAGCGGGUGUCUUCCAGUCGCCGCAACUCCUAAUGGUGUCGGGUGUUGGUCCCAAGUCCGUCCUACAACAGUAUAAGAUUCCAGUUAUCGCAGAUAGACCAGGAGUGGGACAGGGCAUGCGUGACCAUAUCCUCAUUCCUCUGACCUACCAGGUUAAUCUUGCCAGUCCGAGUAUCACAUCAACAACAGCUGUGGCUGAAUUCAACAAUCAAGCUCGCGGCCCCCUAACAAGCUCCGGCGGUGAUUUCGUUGGACUUGAAAAAAUCCCAGCUUCGCUCCGAGGAAAUUGGUCGUCCGAUACACGUUCAAGACUGGCCGCCCUGCCAGCCGACUGGCCCGAAGUUGAAUACCUCGUUGUCCCCUCAGCUGUCAGUGGUGGCACGAAAGCCGGCGCGGCCUACGCAACAAUCUUCACGGCGCUGCAGGCUCCACAGUCAUUAGGCAGCGUUUCGAUCGCGUCCGCCAAGAUGAGUGAUCCGCCAGUGAUCAAUCCCAACUGGUUGACCGCGCAGGCUGAUCUCGACGUCCUGGUGGCAGGAUUCAGGCGUGUUCGACAAAUGACAGCAUCCAAAGCCAUGGCCGACGUUAUUAUUGGCGAUGAAUUCCUCCCGGGACCGACCUUCCAGACUGAUGAGCAGAUUUUAGCCUACUUUAAACUUGCAGGCACUGCACUCAGCCACGCUUUUGCGACCAAUUCCAUGGGCAAAGCUUCUGAUCCCAAAGCGGUAGUAGGAAGUACUGGUAAAGUCUACGGCGUCAAACGUUUGCGUGUUAUUGACGCCUCUACCUUUCCGUUCCUCUUGCCUGGGCCAGCUCCCCAAUCACACGUUUAUAUGCUUGCGGAAAAAUUGGCCGACGCUGUCAAACGAGGCAAAUAG